UGGUGUGGAUCUAAUUACUGUUCAGACUAAUUAACCACAGGACAAGUCGAGAAUCACAUCACUCACCCUUCUCCGCCUGCCAGCGCAAAGUAUUUCAAUUAUUUAGUGAAACUUUGCCCACGUAAUGGGGCGUGGUUUCCUGCCUCUGGCGCUGAACUAUCUAAUUAAAGCCAACCGAUGAGCCACGCCCACCCGAUUGGCCCUAUAAAUGGGCGAUUAACACAAUUAGGCCGCGAUUAGGCGACAUGUACUCACCGGAAGAGGCGGCCGAGCUGAAGAGGCGCAACUAUCGCAGCAUCAGGGAGAUGAUCCGGCUCUCCUAUACGGUGGGCUUCAACCUGUUGGAUCCUUCCCGAUGCGGACAGGUGCUAAGAAUCUGGACAAUUGUUCUGAGCCUAAGUAGCUUGGCCUCGCUUUAUGGGCACUGGCAAAUGUUAGCCAGGUACAUUCAUGAUAUUCCGCGCAUUGGAGAGACCGCUGGCACCGCCCUGCAGUUUCUAACAUCGAUAGCAAAGAUGUGGUACUUUCUGUUCGCCCAUAGACAGAUAUACGAACUGCUACGAAAGGCGCGCUGCCACGAAUUACUCCAAAAGUGUGAGCUCUUUGAACGGAUGUCAGAUCUACCUGUUAUCAAAGGGAUUCGCCAGCAGGUUGAGUCCACGAUGAAUCGGUACUGGGCCAGCACUCGUCGGCAAAUUCUUAUCUACUUGUAUAGCUGUAUUUGUGUUACUACAAACUACUUUAUCAACUCCUUCGUAAUCAACCUCUAUCGCUAUUUCACUAAGCCGAAAGGAUCCUACGACCUCAUGUUACCUCUGCCAUCUCUGUAUCCCGCCUGGGAGCACAAGGGAUUAGAGUUUCCCUACUAUCAUAUACAGAUGUACCUGGAAACCUGUUCGCUGUAUAUCUGCGGCAUGUGUGCCGUUAGCUUUGAUGGAGUCUUUAUUGUCCUAUGCCUUCAUAGCGUGGGACUUGUGAGGUCCCUCAACCAAAUGGUAGAACAUGCCACAUCUGAGUUGGUUCCUCCAGAUCGCAGGGUUGAAUACUUGCGAUGCUGUAUUUAUCAGUACCAACGAGUGGCGAACUUUGCAGCCGAGGUUAACGACUGCUUUCGGCACAUCACUUUCACACAAUUCCUGCUUAGCCUUUUCAACUGGGGCCUGGCCUUGUUCCAAAUGAGCGUGGGAUUGGGCACCAACAGCAGCAUCACCAUGAUCCGGAUGACCAUGUACCUGGUGGCAGCCGGCUAUCAGAUAGUUGUGUACUGCUACAAUGGCCAGCGAUUUGCGACUGCUGUGGAGCGAGGAGAUUGCCAACGCCUUCUACCAGGUGCGAUGGUACGGAGAGUCCAGGGAGUUUCGCCACCUCAUCCGCAUGAUGCUGAUGCGCACGAACCGGGGAUUCCGGCUGGACGUGUCCUGGUUCAUGCAAAUGUCCUUGCCCACGCUGAUGGCGAUGGUCCGGACAAGUGGACAGUACUUCCUGCUGCUGCAGAACGUCAACCAGAAAUAGGGCACAAAGUUGAAUAAAAUCGCCGUGUGUGCAGUGACGAAAAUGCGUAUUGUUUUGAGAUGAAUAAAAUGUAUGUGCACACUAAAAGAAAAUGAACUGGGUGAAAAUGUUUACAUAACCAAUAUUUGAAAUAUAAAGUAUUUAGAACCGUCCGGUUUUAACGCAAGAACAAAA